AUGGCUGUUCCUGUUAGCAGCCCUGGAGCAAGGUCUGGAUUCUGCCAGACUGAGUUCAGAGAAAAGCUAAAGCUUCAGUUCAGCUGUGUGGGCACAAAAGCGGCCACGGAGAGAGUGGUUAACUGUGUGGACGUCGGCGAGUGCCUGUGGAACGACUCACAAAAGCAGGCAGUGGGCCAGAUUUGGCCCAUUGGCCUCUAUAAACUGAGAUUCAAUGAAGCGAAACCCAGAUAUGAGUGGGGGCCCCGUGCACGUCCCUGGCUGGUCCACGCCACAGGGGCGGAGGAAGCUUUGUCUGAAGAGUGUGGACUGGUGGCAGCAGGACAGGAGGCUUCUCAAGGGGAACACAAGGGGGAGCUAAACGGACUCCUGGCCUACACCCCCGUGAGGACAGCACACGCAGAGCCCCUCGUGGAUCACACGUGCACAGGCCCCGUGCUCAUGCCCUCCCAGUGUGCCCACGGGCCGGAGGAACCGCCUCAAAGUUGGGAUUACACAUUGGUGAAGAGUGAUGGUGUGUCCAGCUUCCACACUGAUGACCAAGACAGGAAGAAGAAUGGGCAACCUGGGAGCCCCAGCCCCAGCCAUCUGGCCUAUGGCAUCUUGGACACCCCACCAUGGUAUCUCUGCAUCUUCUUAGGGAUCCAGCACUUCCUCACAGCCCUGGGGGGGCUCGUGGCAGUGCCGCUCAUCCUGGCCAAGGACCUGUGCCUGCAGCAUGACCCCCUGACCCAGAGCUACCUCAUCAGCACCAUCUUCUUCGUCUCUGGGCUCUGCACUCUCCUGCAAGUGUUCCUAGGGAUCAGGCUGCCCAUUCUCCAAGGAGGCACGUUUGCUUUUCUGGCGCCCUCCCUGGCCAUGCUGUCCCUGCCUGCCUGGAAGUGCCCCGAGUGGACACUGAACGCCAGCCAGGUGAACACCAGCUCUCCUGAAUUCACUGAGGAAUGGCAGAAGAGGAUUCGGGAGCUGCAGGGUGCCAUCAUGGUCGCCUCCUGUGUCCAGAUGUUAGUGGGCUUCUCGGGCCUCAUCGGCUUUCUCCUGCGCUUCAUCGGCCCCCUGACCAUCGCGCCGACCAUCGCCCUGGUGGCCCUGCCUCUCUUUGAUUCUGCGGGCGCCGACGCCGGGAUCCACUGGGGCAUCUCUGCCUUGACCAGCUUCCUCAUCGUGCUGUUCUCUCAGUACCUGAAGAACGUCGCCGUGCCGGUGCCGGUCUACGGGGAGAAGGGCCGCACCUCCAAGUUCUACCUGUUUCAGGUCUUCCCUGUGCUGCUGGCCCUCUGCCUCUCCUGGCUCUUCUGCUUCGUGCUCACCAUCACCGACACCCUCCCUGUGGCCCCCAGUGCCUAUGGGUACCUGGCUCGCACUGACACCAAAGGCAGCGUCCUGAGCCAAGCUCCCUGGUUUCGCUUCCCUUACCCAGGACAGUGGGGCCUGCCCACGCUCAGCCUGGCGGGGGUCUUCGGGAUCAUCGCGGGGGUGAUCUCCUCCAUGGUGGAGUCCGUGGGUGAUUACUACGCGUGUGCCCGGCUGGUGGGGGCCCCACCACCCCCGAAGCACGCUGUCAACCGCGGCAUCGGCAUUGAGGGUCUCGGCUGCCUGCUGGCCGGCGCCUGGGGCACAGGGAACGGCACCACCUCCUACAGCGAGAACGUCGGGGCGCUGGGCGUCACCAGGGUGGGGAGCAGGAUGGUGAUCGUCGCCGCGGGCUGCGUGCUGCUGUUGAUGGGUGUUUUUGGGAAGAUCGGGGCUGCGUUUGCCACCAUCCCGACCCCCGUGAUCGGAGGCAUGUUCCUGGUCAUGUUCGGGGUCAUCACCGCCGUGGGCAUCUCUAAUCUGCAGUACGCCGACAUGAACUCCUCCAGGAACCUGUUCGUCUUCGGCUUCUCCAUCUACUGCGGGCUCGCCAUCCCCAGCUGGGCCAACAGGAACCCCGAGAUCCUCCAGACAGGUAUUCCGCAGCUGGACCAGGUCAUCCAGGUGCUGCUGACCACCGGCAUGUUCGUGGGCGGAUUUCUGGGCUUCCUCCUGGACAACACUAUCCCCGGAAGCCGGGAGGAGCGGGGCCUGCUGGCCUGGACUCGGAUGCAGGAGGCGGCUGGGGAGACCGCGAUGGCCGCCGAGGUCUACCAGCUGCCCUGGGGCAUCGGCACCAAGUUCUGUACACCCUCCUGUGCCCGGCGCCUCCCGUUCUGGCCCAGCGAACGGCACCCACCUGCUGCCGCCGAGACCAGGCUGUUCCGUGGCUUAGCCGAGUUGACUCAUAAAACCCACCCUCACCCCCGAGGUGUGAGCCUAGAGAAACAUGUGCACCCUUCCCCUGGGGCUCAGCACAGCGCCCAGAGCACUGGGGCCCCAACACCACCCACUGGAGGAAAUUUAUUGCCAGAGCAGCAGGUGUAUCUGGUUCCACCCGGAAGUCCUGUAGCACAGCUGGAGGUCAGCACGGUGCUGGGCUCCCAGCCCGUGUGGGAUGAGCAGGCUCACAGCGUGGGCCUCAGGGCACCUGGCACCCGCUGGACAGGGGCACAGCAGGUGUGUGGCCUGCAGCCAGCCAGCCCCCUUUUGCCAAACAAUUAG